AAAACAUUAGUAAUAUUUAAAAGUUCUUGGCACUGGUUGUCCACUGGUCCCCACUCCGCUGUCCUAGCAUAGUCCUAUGCGGGAUGCCUUUGUAGAUUCAUCACUUGAAGUGGAUUUGCUGGCCUACCCCGACAGUCUGACGUACAAUUCGCAAAGAAAAUGCAGAACUUUAGCUCCCAGGAAAAGUACUUAAUUGCCAACACUCUGAACUGUUGGCCUGUGAUGCUGCAAGGACACUCAGUGCUAAUUGACCUACGAAAUGAGACUUCUGUAGCUGGAAUUAUCGAUGUAGCCGACGGACACAUGACCUGUGAGCUCUCGAACGUAGUUUUCAUUGAUCGGAAUGGCGGCCAACAUCCUUUCGACAAUUUUGUGGUUCGCAAUCGCAUGAUCCGGCAGAUUCACAUUCCCACUGACAUCGAUGUGGAGCAGGAGCUACGCCAGGCAAUGGAGCGUGGUGUCCUGCGACGAAGGCGUGGGGAUGGAGGCAACACCAAGCGCACCUUUAAGCAGAAGCGAGCGGAGGUGAGACACAAAGAGACGCUGGCGAUGAUAACCCAACAGAGAUCUGACAAAGAGCAGCCAAAAGCCUAGCAACUAUCUAUCCCGCGCUUUUCUUUUUAUUAUUUUCCAAUAAAGUACAAACUUCGUUCGACUGGA